GGAUCCUCCCAGACCAGGGCUCGAACCCGUGUCCCCUGCAUCAGCAAGCAGAUUCUCAACCACUGCGCCACCGGGGAAGCCCCAGAAAUGCCAAUUUUUGAUGGUGGCUUUAUCCUACCCUUUGGCCUAACUGGUAUUUCUCUAGUUUUACCUCUGAAUGAGCGAGAUUUGCAAAGAGAAAAAAAAAAAAAGUUGUGUUUUUUUUUUUUUUAAAAGAGAAUUUAGUUUUUUUGCUUUUAACAUCUCUUUUCGUUUUGGUCUUGGGGACAGAGCCAACCCAGGUCAGUGUAGCUGCACAGUGCAUGGGCUGAAGGGAUGAAGGCUGCUUCCUCUUGCAAGCUGGCUUCUGAGAUUGCACCUUCUCUUCCUGCUUUUCCUCCAGGUCUGUGACCCUCCAAGGUAUGAAGUCUGACUGGUCCAGCCAGAAGGGGGUACUUCUGCAAAGCAGAGCUGAGCCGCCUAGGAACCAAAGCAAGGCAGCAAGCAACACAGCUACAGGUGUCACCCAGUGGGCAGAGCUCCUAUCAGCCGUCCCCAACCUUCAAGACAAAGUGGGGACACUGCGUCUGCAGCUACAGGUGUCACCCAGUGGGAAGAGCUCCUAUCAGCCCGUCCCCAAUCUCCAAGGCAAAGCAGGGACACUGCAUCCACGGCCCCGGCAUGAGCCGCCUGCAUCCGAGGAGACCCUUGUGCAACAGCCAGACAAGGACGAGACGGUGGCUCAUCAUGUCCCAUGCCUCCGGGCUGCGGUGGAGAGACAGACCUUCAAGAAUGUCCUGGUGGACGAAAUGGACAUGAUGUUGUCCCACGCAGCCACCCUCAUCCAAGCCAACUGGAGGGGCUACCGGCUCCGGCAGAAGGUAAUCUCUCAGGUGAUGGUGACCAAGGCCAUCCAGGAGGCCUGGCGACGCUUCAGCACCAGGUGCCUCCUCCAGUCUGGCAAGACGGUGGAGAAAAAAGCGAAGGUGGAGGAGAGGGACAUCCCUUACCACUCGCCCCGGCAGGUGCGGUUCCAGCAUCUGGAAGAGGGCAAGUCCCUUCUGGCCCAGCCCACCAUGGUGAGCAAGGAGACCCAGUUUCCUUCCUCCAACGGCCUGGCCGCUUGUACCCACCAGCUGGCCUUGCUGCAGUCCCAGGGCAUGUCACAGCCGGGUACGUGCUCUGUCGGAGGCCCCAGCGUCGCCUUCCUUCCACACCAGACCGCUGCCAUCAGACUUCCGUGUCCUGUGAGUCCAGAGGCGAAGUGCCUCCCAUGCCUGCUGACAAGAACCAUCAGAAAUGCCUGCCUUGUCCACGGAGAGGGGGACAUGAUGAAGACCAAGCAAGUUACUGCCAGAGCUAACAAGGCAGGAGGCCCGGGGCCACCACCAUCCGGAAGAUGUGCCCAGGCAGUUCAAGGACAACUCAAGAGCCAGACCCAGGCCCACAUGGAAGCAGAGGUCCUCGAAGGGCCACCACAGACAGGCCCAGCACCCGUGAUAACCAAGACCCCAGCCCAGACGUGCCCACAAGCCACAGUGACCAAGACCCUACUCCAGUCAUGCCUAGCGGCCACGAUGAACAAAAUCCAAUCCCAGCCGUGCCCAGUGCCCGUGAUAACAAUAACCAAAACCCCACCCCAGCCCUGCCCAGCGACCCCGGUGACCAAGACCUCAGUUCAAAUGAGACCAUCAGCCUCGAUGACCAACACUUCACCCCGGACACGACCAGCAGCCAUGAUGGCCAAGACUCCACCCCAGUUAUGCCUGUUGCCCUCAACGUUCAAGUCUCCAACGCAGACACGCCCUGCAGCCACGAUGACCAAGGCCCCACCCCAGACGUGUGCAGCGCUCGUGAUGGCCAAGACCCCACCCCAGGUGCGCCUGGCAGCCACGAUGACCAAGACCCCAUCUCAUCAGACACUCCAAGGCGUCUCGGUGACCAAAGGUCCUCCUGCCCAGACACGCCUGGCGGCCAUGGUAACCAAGACCCCAGCUCAGUUACGCUCAGUAGCCGCCAUCCUCAGGACCCUGUGCCUGCCCCCUCCAGCAGCUGAAAAUCUCAAACCUCCACCUUCAGCAUUGGCGGCAGCUGGAAUUCCCGACACCUCAUCCCACACAUGUCUAAGUGGACUGAAGGCCAAGGCUGUGGUGAACGCGAGGCAGGCAGCAGGGGUGACCAAGGUCUCACCCCACCCGUACUUGACUAAGGGAAAAAUGAAAUGCUUCCCCCCAUCACAUCUGGGGGCUGGGGACCCCAAGCCUACAGCCAGGCCUCCUUCGGACGGUGAGAAAGUCAAGGACUUCUCCCAGAAACGGGUGAAAACAGAAACAGCGUCUAACAUCAGUGAGGCCGUGGAAGUGCCCGUGGUGUCGUCCUGGUCAAAAGUGGCUGAGGAUGGGAGCAAGCAGGCACACCUGAGGACGGAUGUCGUGAAGGCCCUAUCCCAGGUGGUCCUGAGGUCUGGAGUCGUCCUCCCCAAGGCUGCCGCGAAAACGGCGGGAAGCGGGGUGACUGUGAUGCCGACCCUGGUGGAGGUGGACUGCAGGAGGAGCCCGUCGGCUGCAUGGGGUCCCACCCUGGGCCCCAUGAGACUACAGCCCAGCAAGGGUCCUGAGGACAGUGGCGUGUCUGGCAGCCAAGUGUGGAACUCUGCUGUCCCCAGCGUAGCGGUCGGGCCCAGAGACGGCACUGCGGCCCCUGGGGGCGCGUGGGAUGUCAUGGCGGCGGUGGAUCCCAGACCGCCGGGGGAGCUGGUGACGUCGUCGGCGCAGGCUGUGGAGGAGAUAAUCGUGCAUGCGGUGGUCAUCCUCCAGGCGUGUACACGUGGCUUCCUGGUGCGCCGUACCAUCAAGGUGUGGCAUCAGUGGGCCAUCCCCAUCCAGGCUGCCUGGCGUGGCUACCGUCUACGGCGGGACCUGGCCUGGCUCUGCAGAGCCGCCACAGUCAUCCAGGCUGCGUGGCGAGGCUUCUGCAUCCGCCGGAGCUGCACCCAGCAGAUGCUGCUCCCAGGCAUGUGGGCUGAGACGGGCAGCAGGGCCAGGACCACGUCUGAUCACCGCUGCUUCCAGUCCUGCCACCCACGUGUCUGUAGUCUCUGCCAGUCACUGAGCUCCGGACUGGGGAGCCCACCCAUCGUGGUGAUGCUUGUGGGUUCCAGCUCCCGCACAUGCCACAUAUGCGGCCAUACCCUGCCCACCCGGGUGCUGCAUGGCACGGGCCAGGGUGCCGCGGGCCAGGCCGGCAUGCCACGGGGCUGCCUCACCCGGUCAAACCCCCAGAGCCCCUGGCAACCCCAUCACCAGAGCCAGAGCAAGGCAGCCACGGCCAUUCAGUCAGCCUGGAGGGGCUUCGCUGUACGCUGCCAGCUGAAGCAGCGGCGGUUAGCAGCCAAGAUGCUUCAAGCCACCUGGCGCGGCCAUUGCACCCGGGCCUCUCUCACCACGGAUGCGCUCUUGGGACCAGCGGCGUGGGACAACUCACAGCACAUGCCGUGGCUAGGUGUCUAGGACCUUGGCUUACCAGUGGGGGAACACCAGGGGAGGAGCCAUGUGGCUCUCUGGGUCUAAUGAAUAAAGCCCUCCACAGUCUGGGUCUUGGUCUACCUGUGCUUACGGGGGUGUCUCGGGCAUGGUGCGAGGGAAAAUGAGAGGGAUCUGGAACAUCCUGGACAGGAGGGGCCCCAAACUUCCAACCAUGCAGUUGGCACCUAGGGUCUGUGGCUGGGAUGGGGACCCCAAGCCUUUCCCAGAGGUCAGGGCUGCCAGCGUGGCCUCAUACGUACCAUCAUAUUCAUCCACGGCUAGCAGGGCAGCGUCGUCGGUUCCAGAUGGAGGUA